UAUUAAAAUCAGUUGAAUUGUUUAUCUCUCUAAUUUUAUACCAUGUAUAUGUAGAUCCUACUAAAAUACCUUUGGAGUCAAAUUGUAAAGUAAAAAAAAUGUUUUAAUUUAUUUUUUAUGAUUACUUACUUAUAUGUAUAUCUUUAAAAACAAUUGUAUAUUUUCAGCGGAACAAAUAUCUAAGCUACGUUCCUCCCAGUCCCCCAUCGCCAUAUCCUUACAGCGCUGCCCAACAUGGUCCUCACUAGAGCCCCUUCAAUUCGAAGGUUAUUGGGACAACGAAGUUAAUGGUAUAUUACUGAAUAAUGGACAAACUGCAUACUUCACAUUUGAGUCCGACGCAAAACCAACUCUCAGAGGUGGCCCUCUGAUUGGGGAAUAUGUGUUUGAGCAGAUGCACUUUCAUUGGUCUGUAGACGACUUUACUGGUUGCGAGCACGUACUGGAUGGACAUGGAUAUGCUGCGGAAUGUCAUUUUGUGCAUUACAAUAGUAAAUAUCAUUCACUUGAAGCAGCCGUUGGCCAUCCGGAUGGGCUUGCUGUCGUUGGAUUCCUUUUUCAAGCAGUGAACGCUCCGAAUCCAAGAUUUGACAAGCUUAUAGAAGGCUUAGAAGGUAUCAAAUCUAUGGAGAAGGCAGUCCAAGUGCCAUCAGCGUCAUUAUCUUGGAUGGAUUCAUCAGACCUACAAGAAAGUAACUACGUAACAUACAAAGGGUCCCUCACAACACCCCCUUAUACAGAAUGUGUUACUUGGAUCAUUUAUGAAAAACCAAUUCAAAUUGGAACAGAACAGCUGGGCCUACUGAGACAGCUGGAAGGACCUGACCAGAAGCCAAUCGAUAGGAACGUAAGGCCGACUCAGCGACAUCCACCGGGACACUCUGUCAUUUACGUUAAACAAGUUAAAGCCAAACUAUGACCACUUUUAAAUAUACAUUUAUAUAAACUAGGUUUUUCGUUUCAUUAUAUCAGUUCCCGUAUAACGCUUUUAUAUUUUAUUAAGAUUGUGAAGAAAAAUUUUGGUCAGAGAAAUUUUCGAAUCAUCAUCAUCAUCAGCCGG